CCUGGCAUCUCUCGAGGAGCUCUCCAUACAGUGCGAGACAUGGCGAGGGAUGGAGCCCGAGCUCCGGAGAUACUCGGGAGGCUUCGAACAGGGCAGUCCCCACACACUAUUCCCCUCUAUUGCCGUCUUGAAGCUCAGCAAAUUGUACCACCCCGUGCGACGCGUCGACACACCUAAUUGCAUCUCAGACUUACACGUCCUUGCAUAUCGCUUGCAACGUCGUCGAAUGUCUGAGCCUGGCUCAGAGUUAACACAAGGCGAGCCGAUAGAGGUCUGGGCCACCUCUCCAGAUUUCCCCCAUAAGAGAGAAAUAAGCACGGGCGAUAAUCGCGGCAAUCCGUUCAAGAUGCGUCAUGAUAUGAAUCUGGAGGCGGUUGCUGAUCAGUCAGACGACUCAGAAGAGUCUACCGCAGCCUCUUGCACGACACCCUUCGUGACCUGGUUCUCGUCUCGAAGAGUCGGCCUUUGUCGGACGUUCCACGUAGGACCCUGAUUGUUCUGUGACCACUGUGCGCUCUAUGUCGAGGCUACAGUGAAUGCUUGAUACUGCCAGUUGCAGCGUAUUCUUUGAUGCGAGCGCUCACGCCUUCAGCCUUUGCCGACAAUCUUCAGACUUAGAGUCCAGGAACUCAAUUAUGCGCGUAUUCUGCGCAUGGGCU